AUGGUCGAUGAAAAGAACAAUGAUACACCGUCAUACGCCAUUCUCUCCCACACCUGGGGCUCGGACGAAGUCAGCUAUCAAGAGCUAGUAUGGAUCAACAGGAUCAAAGCUUUGACGAGAUCGUUCGACGAGCCGUCUGUCGAAUCAUCUACCACCUCGUUGAUAAGCCAAGAUAGUCAGUCUAGUUUGAUGCUUGCAAGCAUGGAGAUGCUGCUGCGAGGCAAUUGGAAUCCUGGUAUGUCAAUUGGCAGCAUGACUGAGGAAGACUUAAUGAACCGCCCCGGGUAUUCGAAGAUCGCCAAUGCGGCUAGAGAAGUUCAGGCUCUCCGGCUGGAAUGGAUAUGGAUCGACACAUGUUGCAUCGAUAAGUCCAGUAGCGCAGAGCUGCAAGAGGCCAUCAACUCGAUGUAUCGGUGGUAUCGGAAUGCAGAAGUAUGUCUUGUAUACCUGGGCGACAUCGCGCGACCCAUAUUUAACCAGGCGAGCUCUGCUUCAGACUUCGCAAGGUCCGCCUUCAAGUCGUGUCGUUGGACUAAACGUGGCUGGACGUUACAAGAGCUACUCGCACCAUGUACUUGUCGCUUCUAUCUGAAAGACUGGAGAUAUAUGGGCGAGAAGAUUGAGUUCUUGGAGGAAUUGGCUGAUGCUACCGGUAUUCCAAUCUCAAUUUUGGAGGAUCCGAAUCUGGUGCAAGAGGCGUCUGUCGCGCAACGAAUGUCUCAAGGCGUGCAAGUCGCGAGACGACACGAUCGGAAGACAUCGGCUACUGCCUGCUCGUGUCUCUUUGACAUACAGAUGCCACUACUGUAUGGUGAAGGGGAGAAAGCAUUUAUCCGCCUUCAGGAAGAGAUCCUCAAGACAACCGAUGAUUACUCACUCUUCGCGUGGAGCGCUACUACCUCAGACAAGUCAGUCUACCGCGGCUUACUUGCUCGAUCGCCCGCCGAGUUUCGCAACUGCGGCGAUGUAGAGCGAGAGAGCGGGCUCUCCACAUUCCCAAUCAGCUCCACGCCAAUCGGCCUGAGAAUCCAGCUAGACUUCCUCCCCAACCCAGACGACAAAAGCCGCGCCCUCGCCCUCAUACGCUCCUGCAACCCCAUGAACCAACGCCUAGCAAUCCAACUCAAAUGUCUAGACGGCGGCAUGCAAUACGCACGCGUCAACGCCGGCUCAAUUGUCUGCAUCGACGACUGGCCCACAGGUCGCACACGCACAAUCUACGUGCGCCAAAAACUCUCCAUACCAGUAGACUUCGCAACGCCCGAGUUCAGCCGCUUUGAAUUCCGCCGCCGCAUGGGGAAUCACAGCAUCCCACAUGUGCGCAUUAUCGGCGCUCCGUCUGAGGGCUGGAAUUGGGAGACAUACGAAUGCGCCAUGACUCCGCACAUUCUCGAAACCACACUGGUUUUCUUGCUGCGCAUUCAAUCGCACAAAUACGCCCAUAGCAUGACGUUCCCCGUCGCUGUGGGGUUCAAUCGCGGUACGUGUCAUUACUGGUGCAAAGCCAUAUCUGAAAUGGCGUCGGAGCGGGACUAUGAUUUGAACGGCGGGUGGCGCGCUGCUGCGUUGCGGAGAAUGCCGAAGGAUGUUAUGAACCCGAUGAGAGGGGCGGAUGCGCAUCGUGAUUUGUUCGUGGUUGGGGAUGGGAGUUUGGGGAUUAAUGUUGAGGUGAGGGCGGGUUUGGUGGGAGAUAGUAUUGCGUUGCAGGUGCAUGUUGACGGGUUAGUUAAGUGGUCUUGA